CAUCUACUUGUGUAAGAGCUCAGUCAUGCAGCCGCCGCCCCAGGCGGUCCCAUCUGGUGUGGCUGGACCACCUCCGGCUGGGAAUCCUCGGACCGUGUUCUGGGCUAGCAGCCCCUACAGGAGACGGGCCAACAACAGUGCACAGGCAGCUCCAGUAACCUGCCCUCUGCAGCCAGUAACGGACCCGUUUGCUUUUAGUAGACAGGUCCGCCAAAGUACACCAUUGGGCAGUUCGCCCAAAAGCAAUCCGCCCAUCUUGCAAGGCCCAGCCUCUCCUGGAUUUUCUCAGCACCCUGAUUUGUCUGUGCCUCACACAGAUGCCAGAGAUAGCUCCCAAGGACCCUGCGAGCCUCUGCCAGGUCUUCUGAUGCAGCCCAGAGCAGAUGCUGGUCUGUUUUCUGGUACACUGACCCCGUCAGCGCUGCCUGGGCCUGAGGUGAACAGGAGUGCAGAGGUUGGUCCCAGCUCAGAGCCCGAAGUUCAGACUGUGCCGUAUCUGCCUCAUUACAUUCCAGGAGUGAGUCCCGACACGCCUCAUGGGAGCCAUCCACGUGGGCACUUGCCUGGGCCUGACCGACCCCUGAGUAGGCAAAACCUGCACGAUGGUGUGAUGCUCCCAGCAGCAUCCCCGCUCUUUCCCCAGCCGCGUCAGCAGAUGCCGGGUCAGUGGGGGCUGGUGCAGGGAAGCCCCCAGCCCUCAGGACAGCAUCAUGGACCAUGCCUGGAAGGACCUGUUCAAAGCACGGUGCCUACCACCAGCAUUCCCCAUUUCCCCGCUCUGUCCAGCCCACAUCAAGGUCCUGGCCAUGAGCAACACAACCCACUAGUGUCUCUCCCUGCACCCUUGGCCAGUGACAGAGGAAAUGAGGUGGCCUACCUGCAAGGUGGAGGCCACUUGGUGAAUAACUUGGAUCCUGAAAAUGCAUUCAGGCACAAUCCCCAAGUUGGAAAUACCUGGGCAAGCCAGGAGUUAAGGCAGACUCCAGAGGCGAACAGAGAGCACUGGCCAGUCCCUACUCUCAUGAACCCGUCCGCUCAGGGAGAUAGCCCAGAAAACCACACACCCCGUCCCCCGGGGGCUGGGGCCAGUCAUACCUUGCCGGAUGCAGACUCGGGGUCUCUCUCUAUGUUCUUCCAAGGCGGAGAGACAGAAAAUGAGGAGAAUCUCUCUUCUGAAAAAGCAGGCUCUGCUGGGAAAUCAGACUUUGAUGGUUUCUCCUCCAGUCCUGGACUGGGUCGUCUACCCCCACCCACACUCGUAGGGGCAGGCAGUGUCUACCAGACCUUUGUCACAGGCUCCAACAGUGAGACCACACUUGACGCGUGGGGCGACGUGGCCGGUGCGGUGACUCAGGACACCAGUAGCUCACAGUAUGAGAACAUUGAGAACCUAGAAUUUGUUCAGAAUCAGGAAGUCUUGCCAAGUGAGCCCCCGCAUUUGGACCCUUCCUCUUCGAGUGACCAUUUCAGAUAUGGAACCCUCCCUGGGCCAGGUAUUCCCAGACACGGUGCAUUGGGCCACACUGGAGCCCCUGAAGUGGCGCCGCACCCAGUGCGAUCUGACAGCAUGUCAUCCAGCCAUAGCAGCAGAAGCCACGGGAGGCUUCCAGGCUCAACCAGGCCCCAGGAGCUGGUUGGCACAUUUAUUCAGCAAGAAGUGGGCAAACCUGAGGAGGAAACUCCAGGAAGUUUUUUUAAGCAGAUCGAUUCUUCUCCCAUAGCGGGAGAGACAGAUGAGACCACUGUGAGCCAGAAUUACCAUGGCAAUGUAUCCCAGCCCUCAACCCCAAGCCCCCCGAAGCCCACAGGCAUAUUCCAGACAAGCGCAAACAGUUCUUUUGAACCGGUAAAAUCCCAGUUGGUGGGGGUGAGGCCAGUUGAGGCGGAUCGCGCUAACUUGGUAGGAGAAGUGAGGGAGACCUGUGCCCGGCAGAAAAAGCACACACCAACCUCUACCAUGCCUGACGCAUCCCCGGGCAACCUGGAACAGCCGCCAGACAACAUGGAGACCCUCUUUGCACCUCAGGUCUGUCCUUUGCCGCUUACCACUGCUGCCGAAGCUGGGUACAUGCUUCCGCAUGCUGGGGGGCCGCCUUUGGAUACUGUGUAUCCGACACCAGAGAAGAGGCCCUCUGCCAGGGCUCAAGGGGCUGUGAAGUGUGAGAGCCCGGCCACCACCCUGUGGGCACAGAACGAGUUGCCAGAUUUUGGAGGCAACGUCCUUCUGGCCCCUGCAGCUCCGGCACUUUAUGUGCCUGCAAAACCUCAGCCGGCAGAAGUUGUUCAGCCUUCAGAAGAGGCGGCGUCUGCACAGGCAUCAUGGAAGCCAGGCUCAGCCCCACCCCUGCAGGGCCGGGCUGGCGUUGGUGCUUCUGAGAACCUUGAGAACCCUCCCAAAAUGGGAGAAGAGGAGGCCCUUCAGUCGCAGGCAAGUUCUGGUUAUGCGAGUUUAUUGUCCUCACCGCCCACUGAGUCUUUGCAAAAUCAGCCGGUCUUGAUUGCCCAGCCUGAUCAAAGCUAUAAUUUGGCUCAGCCAAUUAAUUUCUCUGUGUCCUUAUCGAAUCCUAAUGAGAAGAAUCAGUCCUGGAGAGACACUUUGGUGGGGGACAAAUCUCCAGUAAGCGGUCGGGCUCUUGGUGGUGAUUCUGGGGAAAACGUUCCUUUGCCUGGAAUUCCUACCAAUUCCAUCACUAGCUUGUCGCUGCCUAGCAGCCUUGUCCAAAGUAAUUUUCCACAAGGUUCUGGUACUUCUGAAAUGGUUUCUAACCAGCCUGCCAAUCUGCUGGUUCAGCCACCAUCCCAUCUAAUUCCAAAGAACUUGGUUCCAGAAAGUCAGAAGAACUGCAAUGCAGAAAACGCGCUUCCUGAGUUUGUGAAUAGUCCUGCUGGAAGCAUGGGUGUGGUGCUGGUUCCACCUGCAAACAGUACCUUGGUGCCUAGUAGUAACAAGGCGCAUCACCCUGCUACCUGGGAAGAAACUUAUGGAGCCCUAGAUUUUACCUUAAACAGGACCUUGGAGAACACCGUAAGGAUGUAUAGCCCACCACAUUCUGAUGGCCCAGCUCAGCACACUGCUGCCAAUCCUCCCAGACAGUCCGGGUCUGGGAUGCAUAACCCGGACUGUUUCUAUCAGCAGGUCACAAAGGAUGUGCAGGAGCCACGUGGCCUAGAACGAACGCAGCAAGAGCUGAGGCCUCCUCAGCAGCAGGCUUCUCCCUCACAAGUGCCCAAAGCAGUGCCAUCAGAACCUUCAAAUCCAGAAAGCCCGCCAGCACAAGGACAGCCCCCAGACGCAGCCCAGCCCCCAGCGAGUCUGGCUCCCACUGACACGGGCCAGCAGCUGCCUCGGCCUCCACAGUCCUCCAGCUCCUUGGUGUCCACCAGCUCCAACCCGGCAGCUGUGUCGUCCGAGCUGCAGUGGCCCCAGCCAGCACCUCCACACACGUUGGGCCUGCCGCCCCAGGACCUGGCGUCCUACUACUACUACAGACCUCCGUACAAUGCCUACCAGUCACAAUACUCCUCGCUCUACCCGGUGGAUCCCGGGGCGGCUUCCCUUUAUUACCAGGAUGUCUACAACCUCUAUGAGCCCCGAUACAGGCCCUAUGAUGGCACCGCAUCUGCAUAUGCUGAGAACUACCGCUACCCUGAACCUGAGCGGCCCAGCUCCCGUGCGAGUCACUGCUCCGACCGGCCACCUCCCAGGCAGGGGUAUCCUGAAGGAUACUAUAAUUCCAAAAGUGGAUGGAGCAGCCAGAGUGAUUACUAUGCAAAUUACUACUCCAGCCAGUAUGACUACGGAGAUCCGGGUCGCUGGGAGCGUUACCACUACAGCACUCGAAUCAAGGACCCCCGUACCAGUGACCGGAGGUACUGGUAUGACACGGAAUAUGAUUCAUAUGGGAGAGAGAGCUAUGCCUAUGGUGACAGGCCUGAGAAAUGCGACGACCACUGGAGGUAUGACCCUCGCUUCACUGGGAGUUUUGAUGAUGACCCUGAUCCCCCCAGAGACCCUUAUGGGGAGGAGGCUGACAGACGCAGCGUGCACAGCGAGCAAUCAGCGCGGAGCCUGCGCAGCACCCACAGCCUCCCCAGCCGCCGCAGCAGCCUCAGCUCCCACUCGCACCAGAGUCAUAUUCACAGAAGUCACAAUGUGACCACCAGUUCCUACGAGGCCCCGCCUCCUCCAGGCUCCUUUCACGGUGAUUAUGCCUAUGGCACCUACGGUGGCGCAUUCAGCAGUGUCCAGGGCUUCCCGGAGUAUGGCUAUCCUGCAGAUGCUGCCUGGCCUGCGCUGGAGCAAGUUCCAUCAAGACCAACUUCUCCUGAAAAGUUUUCAGUGCCUCAUCUCUGUGCCAGGUUUGGGCCUGGUGGUCAGCUAAUUAAGGUGGUUCCAAACCUGCCUUCCGAAGGACAGCCUGCGCUAGUGGAGAUCCAUAGCAUGGAGACCUUGCUGCAGCACACAUCUGAUCAGGAGGAGAUGCGGGCCUUCCCAGGACCCCUCGGCAAAGACGACACCCAUAAAGUGGAUGUUAUUAAUUUUGCACAGAACAAAGCUACAAAGUGUUUGCAGAAUGAAAAUUUAAUUGACAAGGAGUCUGCAAGUCUUCUUUGGAAUUUUAUUGUUCUUUUAUGCAGACAGAAUGGGACUGUGGUGGGAACAGACAUUGCAGAGCUUCUGCUUCGAGAUCACAGGACAGUGUGGCUUCCUGGGAAGUCACCCAACGAGGCAAACCUGAUUGACUUCACUAAUGAGGCUGUGGAGCAGGUGGAGGAGGAGGAGUCCGGCGAGGCCCAACUCUCAUUCCUUACUGACAAUCAGCCAGUCAGUGCCAACUUGCUCGAGAAGGAGACUGAGCGGUUUCGGGAGCUGCUGCUGUAUGGCCGGAAGAAGGAUGCCUUGGAGUCUGCAAUGAAGAAUGGCUUGUGGGGACACGCUCUGCUGCUUGCCAGUAAGAUGGACAGCCGGACACAUGCCCGUGUCAUGACUAGGUUUGCCAACAGUCUUCCAAUCAAUGAUCCCCUGCAGACAGUCUACCAGCUUAUGUCCGGGCGGAUGCCUGCCGCAUCCACAUGUUGUGGAGAUGAGAAGUGGGGAGAUUGGAGGCCACACCUCGCCAUGGUCCUCUCCAACUUGAGCAACAAUGUGGAUGUGGAGGCUAGGACAAUGGCCACAAUGGGCGACACUCUGGCUUCAAAAGGUCUCUUAGAUGCAGCACACUUCUGCUACCUUAUGGCCCAGGUUGGAUUUGGAGUUUACACAAAGAAAACUACAAAGCUUGUCUUAAUUGGAUCAAAUCACAGCUUGCCAUUUUUCAAGUUUGCAACCAACGAAGCCAUUCAGAGGACGGAAGCGUACGAGUAUGCCCAGUCGCUGGGCGCCCAGACCUGCUCCCUGCCCAGUUUCCAGGUGUUCAAGUUCAUCUAUUCCUGCCGCCUGGCUGAGAUGGGGCUUGCCACGCAGGCCUUCCACUACUGUGAGGUGAUUGCGAGGAGCAUCCUGGCGCAGCCCCAGAAGCACUCCCCGGUGCUUGUCAGUCAGCUGGUCCAGAUGGCUUCCCAGUUACGACUCUUCGACCCUCAACUAAAGGAGAAGCCAGAAGAGGAAUCCUUCAUCGAGCCUGCGUGGCUGGUUCACCUGAAGCAUGUGGAGAAGCAGAUCAAGGAGGGGACAUUGGUGUGGAGUCAGGAGAGAGCCUUCCCCCCACAAUGUCCCAGCACACCAAGCUCCGAGGUGGAGCCAUUGGACGGGCCAGGACUCAACCAGCCAGCAGCCCUGGGGACUGACAACCCACUGCUGGCAGUGCCCACACUGAGCAGUGAGCACCUGAGCCAGGGCAUGCGGCUGAUGCCCUCAGCCCCACAGCCGCUCCCCAACAGCCAGUUGGCCAGCCCCGCCAGGGUGCCCAUGUUCCCAGUGCCACCGCGCCCUGGGCCCCUUGAGCUGGGGCCCGGCUGUGGACCCACAGCAUCUGUGCUUGGCUUCCCGGAGCCCUCCGGGCCUGACCCUGCAGCCCUGUGCCCAGGGCCCAGCCUGCCACCUGGUGGACCACCUCUUCCGGAAAGGAGAUACCUGCCUCAGGAGGCCAGGGGCCCGGACCCAGGGGUGCUGCCACAGGAGGUGCCUGUUGGAAACACACUGUCAGAACUCAACGAAGACAAUUUUGGUGGAAAAUUUGCUAAUCUGGGCCCCUCGAGGACCGCACCAGAUUCGGAGACCCCCUCAGGAUGGGAUCAUGCUGACUCAGGUCCCACCCAGCCGCCUCUGUCUCUGACACCUCCUGAAACGAAGAGACCUGGACAGGCCAACAAAAAAGAGACCAAAGCGCCUAAGAAGAGUGAAUCCUGGUUCUCUCGUUGGCUGCCUGGGAAGAGGAGAACAGAAGCUUAUUUGCCAGAUGACAAGAACAAGUCGAUUGUUUGGGAUGAAAAGAAAAACCAGUGGGUGAAUUUAAAUGAGCCGGAAGAGGAGAAGAAGGCCCCGCCGCCACCCCCAACCUCAUUUCCCAAGUCCAUGCCAGCUGCCCCGCCUGGCCCCACGGGGCCACCUGGAGCCACCGUGAAUGUGUUCUCCCGAAGAGCAGCCGGAACCAGAGCUCGCUAUGUGGACGUUCUGAACCCAGGUGGGACCCCUCGGAGGGAGCCAGCUCUCGCCCCGGCCGACUUUUUUGCUCCACUCGCUCCACUUCCGAUUCCUGCCAACUUGUUUGUACCGACCCCAGAUGUCGAAGAAGCACAGCUUGCAGAUGGGGCUGGCAGGGAAGGGCACAUACCAGCUGGGGGCCAGGCAGACACAGAGCCCACCCCAGAUUCCCAGGUUUUAAACUCUGCAGUGUCAGCUCUUGGCUCUGAACUCCCACCUGCCAAGCUGGAUGGUUCCCAGGGUGGAGAGCUUUCGCGCUGUAGUUCAAUGAGUUCAUUAUCGCGUGAAGUGAACCAGCACUUGAAUCAGGCUCCUGGCGACCUCUCUGCAGCAGGGGGCCCUCCCGGAGGGACUGUGCCCUUCUACAACCCAGCCCAGCUGGCACAGCCCUCCGCCACCUCUGGGAGCUCAAGGCCAGGGAGGAUCGGCCAGAGGAAAUACCCAGCACUGAACUAG